AUGACCGUUGCGAACAAUAGAAAAAGACUUUCCACAGGUCUUAGUGUGACGUCAAAAGUAUUUGUAAGAUCAAGAAAUGGGGGUGCGAUGAAAAUAGUUCGUGAACAUUACUUAAGAAAUGAUAUACCUUGUUAUUCAUUAGCAUGUACUCAAUGUCAAAAAUUAAUAAAACCAGAUGCAUAUGGUCAAUUACCUAAAUUUAUACUAUCAGCAAAUCCAUCAAAGACUACCAAUAACAAACCUCAUUAUAUAGUAUUGGACACAAAUAUUGUUUUACACGCCAUUGAUUUGUUAGAAAAUACUCAAUGCUUUUAUGAUGUUAUAGUACCUCAAACAGUACUAGAAGAAGUUAAAAACAGAUCAUUCCCAAUAUAUCAAAGAUUAAGAAAUUUAGUAAAAUCAGAAGAUAAAAGAUUUGUGGUAUUCCAUAAUGAAUAUAAUGAAGGAACAUAUGUCACUAGAAAUAAAAACGAAACAAUAAAUGAUAGAAAUGAUAGAGCAAUUAGAAAAGUUGUUUCAUGGUAUCAAAAGCAUUUACCAAAUAUAGAUAUAGUCUAUGUUUGUAAUGAUGCAGACAAUAAGAAAAAAGCUUUAGCUGAAAAUUUGAAUGCGAAAUCAUUAAUUGAAUAUAUUGAUAUAUUACCAAAUGGAGAAGACUUAAAAGAUUUGAUACCUACUGAAUUUGAUAAAUCACAAUUUGACAAUGAAAAAGGUUAUGACGAAACUUCAUUCCCUGAGUAUUAUUCAAAUGCAAGAAUUAUGGCAGGGAUUAAAAAUGGUACAUUAUAUCAAGGUAUGUUAAACAUCUCAUCCUACAACUAUUUACAAGGUGAAGUUAACGUAGCAGCUUUCAAAAAGCCAUUACUUAUCCAAGGUUCCAAAAAUUUAAAUAGAGCUUUUAAUUCGGAUUCCGUUAUUGUUGAAUUACUACCAAAAGAUAAAUGGAAAGAACCAUCUACUACAAUUAUUGAAGAAACUGCUAUAGGUUCAAAUGAUAAUGCAGAUGAUGGAGAUGAAGAUGAAGGAGUAGCAAGUGCUGGUGUUAUAUCUGAUAAGGAACGAUUAUUAUUAGCACAAGAAGCUAGUAAAGUGAUUAAAGGUGGAUCAGAGGAAAAAAGAUUACAACCUACAGCUAAAGUUGUUGGUAUAAUGAGAAGAUCAUGGAGGUAUUACGUUGGUCAAAUAGCACCAUCCUCAGUAAGUCUUGACGACACUGGUAAUUCUGCUAAAAAUUGUUUUGUGAUAUUAAUGGAUAAAACUUUACCCAAAAUAAGAAUAAGGACAAGAAAAUCAAAAGAGUAUUUGGGCCAAAGAAUUGUUGUUGUUGUUGAUGACUGGCCAAGUGAUUCAAAAUAUCCAAAUGGUCAUUUUGUAAGAGCAUUAGGUGAUGUUGAAAGUGCAGAAGCAGAAACCGAAGCAUUAUUAUUAGAGCAUGAUGUUGAAUAUAGACCAUUUUCCAAGAAUGUCUUGGAUUGUUUACCGAAAGAAGGUGAUAAUUGGGUUGUACCAGAUAUCACAAAUACAGAUGAUCCUCAAUUAAAGAAAAGAAUUGAUCUUAGAGAUAAAUUAGUAUGUUCCAUUGAUCCACCAAAUUGUGUUGAUAUUGAUGAUGCUUUACAUGCACAAAAAUUACCAAAUGGAAAUUACGAAGUUGGUGUACAUAUUGCGGACGUUACUAAUUUUGUUAAAGCUGGUACUGCAUUAGAUCAAGAAGGUGCUGCUAGAGGUACUUCAGUUUAUCUUGUUGAUAAAAGAAUUGAUAUGUUGCCUAUGCUUUUGGGAACAAAUCUUUGUUCAUUAAAACCAUUUGUUGAUAGAUUUGCAUUUAGUGUAAUAUGGGAAGUUGAUGAAGAUGCUAAUAUACUUAAUGUUAAAUUUAUGAAAUCAAUUAUUAAAUCAAGACAAGCUUUUUCUUAUGAACAAGCACAAUUACGUAUUGAUGACCCAAAUCAACAGGAUGAAUUAACUAAUUCAAUGAGAAUAUUGUUGAAAUUAUCCAAAAAAUUAAAGCAAAAGAGACUAGAUGCAGGUGCCUUGAAUUUAGCAUCACCUGAAGUCAAAGUUCAUAUGGAUAGCGAAACAUCGGAUCCACAAGAAGUCGAAAUCAAAAAAUUAUUAGAAACAAAUUCAUUAGUUGAAGAAUUUAUGUUGUUUGCAAAUAUAUCAGUUGCUAGAAAAAUUUACGAUGCUUAUCCACAAACUGCAAUGUUGAGAAGACAUGCUGCACCACCAGCUACUAAUUUCGAAGUUUUAAACGACAUGUUAAAUGUACGAAAAAAUGGAUUAUCAAUAUCUUUGGAAUCAUCAAAGGCAUUAGCAGAUUCUUUAGAUAGAUGUGUUGAUCCUAAUGAUCCAUAUUUUAAUACCUUGGUCAGAAUAAUGUCCACUAGAUGUAUGAUGGCAGCUGAAUAUUUCCCAUCAGGUUCAUAUGGAUAUCCAGAAUUUAGACAUUAUGGUUUAGCAGUUGAUAUAUAUACUCAUUUCACAUCACCAAUUAGAAGAUAUUGUGACGUUGUUGCACAUAGACAAUUAGCAGGAGCAAUUGGUUAUGAAAAUUUAGAUUUAAGUCAUAGAGAUAAAAAUAAAAUGGAAAUGAUUGUUAAAAAUAUAAAUAAACGUCAUAGAAAUGCUCAAUUUGCAGGAAGAUCUAGUAUUGAAUAUUAUGUUGGUCAAGUUAUGAGAAAUAAUGAGGCAGAACAUGAAGGUUAUGUGAUUAAAAGUUUUAAUAAUGGUAUUGUUGUAUUAGUUCCAAAAUUUGGUGUUGAGGGAUUAAUCAAAUUAGAAACUAUGGGUGAUGUAAAUAAAGCUACUUAUAAUGAAGAUAAAUAUGAGUUAACACUUACGGAUUUUAAUGGAAAUGAAAGAACAGUUGGUGUUUUCGAUAAAGUAAAAGUUGAUGUUAAAUCAGUUAAAGAUGAAGUAAGUGGUAAAAGAAAAGUUCAAUUAUUAUUGAAAUAA